AUGGUGUCCGCCCUGGCCCAUCACGCCCCCGCUACCGAGGUCGACCACCCCAUGGCGUCCACCGGCCGAUCCACCCCCGCUGCCCUCCGCAGCUAUGUCAGGCGAGUCCGACGGUCCUGCCGGCUACUCCCCCCACUCCAUGGUGAUGUCUGGCUGCGUGUGCUCUACCGCAUGCUCCCAGUCAACUGCCGCUUCGCCCACCUCCAGGUCGAGCGGCCUGACGCGAUCUGCUGCGCCUACGGCUGUGGCCGGGUGGAGACCCAGCACCAUGCCCUCCACGCCUGCCCCCAAAUCCACCCUGUGUGGGCGUUCCACCGCGGCGCCUGGGGCCAUUACGGGGUGAGCUUUUCAUGGUCCACCAUCUCGGACCCCGACCUUUUCGAGGUCAACCAAGUCGGGGACCCCCACAAAGAGGCCCUGGGGAUCCUGUGGCGCCUGCUCGUUGGCGAUGCUCAAAGGCACACCCUCUAA